CCGCUCCCACCGCAUCUGCAUUCUCGAAAAUAGCAAUCCCAUUUACCCUUCUCUCCGACCUUCUCUGCCUCCGACCCCCGAAUGGCGUGCCCUCGCCGGGUUUCGCCCCCGACGGUGGCGCCAUUUGAUCGCUGCAUUGGAAGCAGGGGAAGCAAGAGCUCGUGCCCAUCCCGCUCGCGUGUGACAAGCAAUUGUCGAGUGCAAGGAGCGGCAGUUCUCCGAGCUGUGGCCUCGUUCCCGGCACGCGGAGGCGGCGGCGCCAGUACUAAGCAGCUGUUGUUGGCUGAAUUAUUUGCGCACACCAAUUGUUCGUCGUUUUACCUGAACGAAGCAUGUUCCCUGUUGAGUGUAUCAUCUGGGUAUUGUUUGAGUCGCUUUUGUUUGGUGGUUUUAAACUGAGGGGUGGAACUGCAAGGGUGUCCUCUUGCUGAUCGAAUUAAUAAAAUAGUGGGGAAAGAAAUGGGUAGUGAGCGAACGGGACCUGAAGUUGCGGCCAGACGUGCUGCUCCAAUAAUUGUUGGAUAAAGAAAAUAAUUCCGAGAGUCGGGACCAGAUGGCAGUUGCACAGACAAUUAAUUGUUGUUAUGGUGGUUGCUGGUUCUCUAGGUUAGAAGGUAAUGAACUUGGGAUGGGAAGAGACCUUGUCAUUGUGGAGAAAACCUCGUGGGAAGAGACCGUGUAAUUGUGGAGAAAAACUUGUGAGCAAGAUAGAAAUGUGAGAAUGAUAUUUAAGUUCCCAGUGGGCAUCACCGCGUGAAACGCUGAUGACCGCUAUGAUAAAUAAGCUCUCCCUUAGAUUUGACCUCCACAGAGAUAUCAUCGAUGAUGUAACCGUUUCGCCCUCUAGGCUGCCUGUCACGGUCAAGGAAGAGAGGGGGUCAACGCAUUCGUAGAAUCAGAGCCAAAGAAAAGAAUGAAGAAAUCCUGAGCAUAGCAGUUCCUCCCUUCCCAUGACCCCUCACAUCCAACUUCUUACAAUGUUCUUUGCAUCUGCUGCCCCAUCCCCUCUCCUCAUGGGAUUCCUCUUAGUCUUGCCUACGGUUUUCUUCUCCUGCGCUCUGGUCUCAGCUCUUCCUUUCUCAGAACUCAUACGCCCGGAUUUCAAUGGUUCAUACCUCCAGUUCAUCGACAACUCUGGUGCAUUUCUGCUAUCUCGUAAUGGAACAUAUAAAGCUGCCAUUUGCAGUCCCGAUGCUCGACAAAUCAACUUCUACCUUUGUGUCAUUCAUGUGUCGUCUAACACCAUGAUCUGGUCUGCUAAUCGGAAUCAUCCUUUCUCUGAAGCUGGUAAAAUUUAUCUUACUUCUAAGGGGAUUACCAUUGUAAAUGAAACAGGGGUUGAGGUAUGGUCGGCUCUGCCAACUCAAUCAUCUGUAAAUGCCUUGUUGCUCAACGAGAUGGGUAAUCUGGUCCUAGUCGAUCAGGCCAACAAUUCUUUGUGGGAAAGUUUUAGAUAUCCAACAGAUACGAUUGUGAUCGGGCAGCACUUGCCUGUAGGAACAUCACUUUCUAGUGCUGUAUCAGCUUCUGACUUGUCAACCAGCGACUACCAGCUUGGGCUUACUUCUUCAGAUGCUAUACUGCAGUGGCAUGGACAAACAUAUUGGAAAUUGUCAAUGGAUACCAGCGCAUACACUGAUUCAGGUUACACGGUUGAGUUUAUGACCAUAAACGGGACAGGCCUAUAUCUGCUCGAUCUCAAUGGAUCAGUGGUCGUUCGGGUGGCCUUGGCAUCUACUGAUUUCCGAAUUGGCAAGCUGGAUGCCUCUGGCCAGUUCAUGGUCAAUAGCUUUUCCAAUGGGAAGUGGAACCAUGAGUUUGUGGGGCCAUCUGAUGGUUGUCGACUUCCGUCUGUCUGCGGCAGAAUUGGGCAGUGUUCAGCCAGCUCUGCUUCUAAUACUCCUACCUGUUCAUGUCCCUCUAAUUUCCAUCUGAGUUCUCCGAACUCAAGUACUUGUGUGCCAGUUGAUGGUUCCUUUUCGUUAUUUUCAGCUUGUAACUCAUCAAAUAAUGGUAGUCAAGUGGAUUCAUCUGCUGCUACAUAUUUGACCAUCGGAUAUGGCUACGACUACUUCUCCAAUGAUUUCUCUAAGCAACUGAACUAUGGGUUGAAUCUGUCUGUCUGUCAAGAAGUCUGCUCUGGAGAUUGUUCUUGCUUUGGAGUAUUUUAUGAUAAUUCAUCCGGGUUUUGUUAUAAGAUUGAAAAUAAGUUGGGGUCCGUUAUAUUGAGCGCUAACAGUGACGAUGAUCUGUUGGGAUACAUCAAAGUUGUGGCCACCCCCUCAACCAACUUUGAUGGUAACAACAAUUCCAUUGAUCAAAGUCAAAAGUUUCCUGUGGUUGCUCUCAUACUGUUACCUUCCGCUGCAUGUUGCAUCCUAAUUGCAAUAGGUUUUGUCUGGUUGAAAAGAUGGAGAAUCUCAAAGUUCGGGGAGAUAAAAUCAGGCCAACCUGACUGUCCUUCCUCAGAAGAGCUUGAUGCCUUCCACAUCCCUGGCUUACCUAGAAGGUUUGAUUAUAAAGAGUUAGAAGUUGCUACAGAUAAAUUUAAGACCCAGAUAGGGUCAGGUGGGUUUGGUGCUGUAUAUAAAGGUAUACUUCCUGAUAAAACAGUUGUUGCUGUAAAGAAGAUCACCAACUUAGGGAUCCAAGGGAAAAGAGACUUCUGCACUGAAAUUGCUGUAAUUGGAAAUAUCCAUCAUGUCAAUUUGGUCAAACUGAAAGGUUUUUGUGCCCAAGGUAGAGUUCGCUUGUUGGUUUUUGAGUAUAUGAAUCAUGGGUCACUGGAUAGGAUCCUCUUUGGCACUGGACCUGUUUUGGAAUGGCAAGAGAGGUUUAAUAUUGCACUAGGAACAGCACGUGGCCUUGCAUACUUGCACAGUGGUUGUGAACAGAAAAUUAUUCAUUGUGAUAUUAAACCGGAAAACAUUCUUCUGCAUGAUGAUUUCCAGGCAAAGAUCUCCGAUUUUGGGCUUUCAAAGCUUCUGACCCCUGAGCAGUCCAGCCUCUUCACAACAAUGAGAGGCACUCGUGGCUACCUUGCACCUGAAUGGCUGACAAACUCUGCGAUUUCUGAGAAAACAGAUGUUUAUAGUUUUGGGAUGGUGUUGCUUGAACUUGUGAGUGGCAGAAAGAACUGCUUAUUGCGGACUCAAAGUCACAGUUUGGAGGAUGAUAGCAGUGGUUCGCACUCAUCUUCAUCAUCAGGGUCGGGAUUCUUAUAUUAUCCUCUGUUUGCCUUAGAGAUGCAUGAACGAGGGAAGUACUUGGAACUUGCUGAUCCAAGACUAGAGAACCGGGUGACAAGUCAGGAGGUAGAGAGACUGAUACAAGUUGCUCUGUGUUGUGUUCAUGAGGAACCAUCACUACGGCCAAACAUGGUAGCUGUAGUCGGAAUGCUUGAAGGGCGGAUCCCUUUUUGUCAGCCCAGAAUAGAAUCUUUGAACUUUUUGCGCUUCUAUGGGCGUAGGUUUACUGAGGCUUCCGUGAUAGGAGAAGAAAACAGAUCAAACAAUGCAAUCUUAUAUUCUCAAGCGAACGCUUUUCUUACAAGCAUGGCUGGUGGUUCCUAUAGAUCUGUCUCUUACAUGUCUUCUCAGCAAGUUUCUGGCCCGAGAUAGCAAUGAUCAACUUGGAGUUUUAUGGCUUGUAGACAGAUUGUGUAAAUUCUUGAAUUGCAAAGCC